AUGGAGAGGUCUCUUCGACUUAUGUUGCUGCUAAUCGGAACUUUGGCCAUCAUUCAUAUUGGUCAAGCUCAGAGUCCCAGCCAACAAGGUUUCAUCAGUUUGGAUUGUGGGCUACCGGGGAAUGAACCGUCUCCUUACACUGACGCUGGUACUGAAUUACAGUUCUAUUCGGACGCAACAUACAUCCAGAGUGGCAAAACUGGUACAGUUGCAUCAAAUCUUGAGAGUAUGCUCAUGAAGCCGUACGCUACGGUGAGAUUUUUUCCAGAAGGAAGACGGAAUUGCUACAAUCUACCCGUCGAGAAGGGGAGAAAACAUCUGGUCAGAGCUUGGUUUUUCUAUGGCAAUUAUGAUGGCCGUGACGUGAAACCCAAGUUUGCUCUGUAUCUUGGACCUAAUCCAUGGGCCACGAUAGAUUUGGAAGAACAAGUGAAUGGGACAAGGGUAGAAAUCUUACACAUCCCAACAUCAAACUCGUUGCAGAUCUGUCUCGUCAAGACUGGUGAGACUACACCGAUGAUCUCAGCCUUGGAGAUAAGGCCAAUGGGAAAUAAUUCUUAUAUCACAAACUCUGGUUCUCUCAGUCUUUACUUUCGUGUAUAUCUGACCAAAUCAGAAAAAUACAUAAGGUACAAGAAUGAUAUAUAUGAUCGGCAAUGGCUUGCCUACUUUCAGGAUGAGUGGACUCAAAUAACCACCACUAGCGAUGUGUCAAAUAACAACAAAUUUAACCCACCAAAAGCCGCACUAGCAACUGCAGCCAUACCUACUAAUGCCAGUGAGCCAUUGACGAUUGACUGGACUAAUUCAGACAAGCCUGAUGACCAGUAUUACUUGUAUAGACACUUUGCUGAGAUCCAAGACUUGCGGGCUAAUGAAACCAGGGAAUUCAACAUGGUGUGGAAUGACGAAGUUAUGUCAACCGAGCCUGUAAUUCCUGAUAAGUUAGAGAUAACUACUAUGUUGAGCGUGUCUCCAAGGACCUGCGCUAGAGGGCAAUGUAAGUUUCAGCUGAUAAGAACCAACAGAUCAACACUUCCACCUCUGCUUAACGCUUUAGAAGUCUUCACGGUUAUCCAGUUUCCGCAGUCUGAAACAAAUGAAACCGAAGUGGCUGCUAUGAGAAACAUUGAAAGCACAUAUGGAUUGAGUAGAAUCAACUGGCAAGGCGAUCCAUGCUUCCCUCAACAGCUUAGGUGGGAUGCUUUAGAUUGCAGCAACACGGAUAUCUUCACACCACCAAGAAUCACUUCUUUAAACUUGGCUUCAAGUAAUUUAACUGGAAACAUAGCAGCUGCCAUUCAAAACCUUACGCAGCUAGUAAAACUGGACUUGUCUAAUAAUAACUUGACCGGGGAGGUGCCAGAGUUUCUAGGCAACAUAAAAUCACUGUUGUUCAUAAACUUAAGCGGGAACGAUCUUAAUGGUACAGUUCCUCAGUCUCUAGAGAGGAAAGGACUCGAGCUACUUCACCAAGGAAACCCAAGGCUUGUUUCCUCUAGUUCACCCCCAAAGACAACUAAGAAGAGCUUUCUAGUGCCAAUUGUCGCAUCGCUUGCUUCUGUAGCUAUCCUCAUAGCCGCAUUGGUGCUUUAUCUUGUUCUCAGAAAGAAAAAGCCCUCCACUGUUGAAGCUGUUCACCCGCCACCGAAUAGGCCUAAAACGAAUGUUACACAUGGUAGUUCACCGGAGCCAUCAAUCGAGAUGAAAAAGAGAAGGUUUAGUUAUUCUGAGGUUAUAAAAAUGACGAAUAACUUCGAAAGAGUCCUAGGAGAAGGAGGAUUUGGCGUUGUCUGUCACGGUACUGUCAAUGGCUCUCAACAGGUAGCUGUUAAACUACUGUCUCAGUCAUCAACUCAAGGCUAUAAAGAGUUCAAGGCAGAGGUUGAUCUUCUUCUGAGAGUUCACCAUACGAAUUUGGUUAGUCUUGUUGGAUAUUGCGAUGAAGGAGACCACUUAGCCCUCAUCUACGAGUUUGUACCCAAUGAAGACUUAAGACAGCAUCUAUCAGGGAAAGGAGGCAGACCCAUCGUCAAUUGGGGUACUCGGCUAAGAAUAGCUGCGGAGGCUGCCCUAGGUUUGGAGUACUUACACAUUGGAUGCACACCACCAAUAGUUCACAGAGAUGUCAAAACUACAAACAUAUUGUUGGACGAGCAUUAUAAGGCCAAACUCGCUGAUUUCGGGCUCUCUAGGUCUUUCCCAAUUGGCGGUGAAACUCAUGUCUCCACGGUGGUUGCUGGUACUCCUGGUUAUCUUGAUCCUGAGUAUUACCAAACAAGCAGGUUGGGUGAGAAAAGCGAUGUGUACAGUUUCGGCAUUGUGCUAUUGGAAAUUAUCACAAACCAACUAGUCAUUGAUCGAAACCGUAGAAAGUCUCACAUAACACAUUGGGUUGGGUCUGAGCUUAACGGAGGAGAUAUUGCGAAGAUCAUGGAUCCAAAGCUUAACGGAGACUAUGAUUCCCGCUCUGCUUGGAGAGCUCUAGAGCUGGCAAUGGCGUGCGCGGAUCCAACUUCGGCCAAACGACCAACCAUGUCUCAUGUUGUUAUCGAGCUAAAAGAGUGUCUUGUUUCUGAAAACUCGAAGAGAAAUAUGAGCCAAGGCAUGGAUUCACUGAAUUCCCCUGAAGUGAGCAUGAUCUUUGAUAGUGGGAUGAUUCCUAGAGCAAGAUAG